AUGGCUGCGUUGACCUCGAAGUGGCCAGCUAUCCGCACCAUAUCGUGCUAUAUCCAUUUGAAGCGCAAUAUGCGGCGCCACAAGCACUUGUUGAUCAGCAAUGACAACUACGACAAAGUCAAGGGAGAUAUCGAACGUAUGUGGCUCGCACGGACGUGGCACCAAUUCCAAAUCAUUUCAACCACGUACAUGUGGACGUGGAGCACGAAACUCGGCGAAGUGACGUUUUCGCAGUGGUUUUCCGAGAUCUAUCUCACUCCGGCCUGGGAUCUGUCGUUUUCUACAGCGUCUGGAUGUCCAGGUGUCGUCGCCCAUCAACAGCACAUUGAAAGCCACCACAAGGGAAUCAGUAAGUUGUUUCUUGAGAACGAUUAA